AUGACGGACUUUGACGGAGCCAGUGAGCAAUUUCUUGCCUGGCUUCAAAGAUCCGGUGCUAUCCUCAGCGACAAAAUCGAGCUACGGGACCUCAGAGACUGUCACGCUGGCCGUGGUGUAGUUGCAACUCAGGAUAUAGAAGUAGAUGAGCUGCUCUUUCGCAUCCCCCGUUCCAGCGUCCUCUCCGUGGAAAAUUCAAUCCUCUCCAAGGAGAUCCCCAAGGCGACUUUCGAAUAUCUAGGGCCUUGGCUCUCACUCAUUCUCGUCAUGCUCUACGAAUACAAGAACGGACCUUCUUCGAACUGGGCGCCUUACUUCAACGUCCUCCCAACCAGGUUCAAUACACUGAUGUUUUGGGAGGAGGACGAGCUUGACCAGCUGCAAGCCAGCGCUGUCAGAAACAAAAUUGGCAAGGAAGAGGCAGACGAAACAUUCACUACUCAGCUUGUGCCUGUCAUCGAAGAGUUUGCGGAGAUCAUCUUCAGUGGCGAUGAGCUUGCCAAGGAUCGCGCAAAGGAGAUGCGGAGCCCGGAAAACUUGGAAUUCAUGCACAAGAUGGGCAGCCUAAUCAUGGCAUACGCAUUUGAUAUCGAGCCGGCAGAGUCCAAAAAGGAAGCUGACGAAGAAGGAUAUGUUUCUGAAGAGGAGGAUGAGGCGCUCCCUAAGGGCAUGGUGCCCAUGGCGGAUAUGCUGAAUGCAGAUGCCGAUCGAAACAACGCCCGUCUCUUUUACGAAGAAGACUCGCUCUCCAUGAAGGCCAUCAAGCCGAUCAAAGCCGGGGAAGAGGUCUUCAACGAUUAUGGUGCACUGCCCAGAUCCGAUCUUCUCCGCCGGUAUGGCUACAUAACAGACAACUAUGCACAAUACGACGUGGUGGAGAUACCGCUUGAAUUGAUAUCGGCUGCCCUUCAGGAAGAAAACCCGGGACGGUAUAAAAAGAGAAUGGAGUACUUGGAAGAGCAAGAUCUGGUUGAGACCGGGUAUGACAUCGCGGCUGGUGAACCGUUCGACAUCCAGGAAUGCAUUUCCCCCGAGCUCAUCAUGCUUGUUCAAGCAUUGCUUAUGACUGACGCCGAUUUCGAAUCCAUGUCUCGAAGCGGCAAGCUCCCCAAGCCGAAAAGGAUGGCAGCCCGCGACGCCGAAUUCCUGCAACGGGUUGUGCGUGCCCGAGCCGAACAGUAUGGCACCACACUUGAAGAGGACCUAGGCACCUCCAAUGCCCCGGCCCCGGAGAGCGACUGCUUCUCAAAGGGAUAUCGUUAUGCUAUGGCGAGAGCUGUCCGCAUUGGUGAAAAGAAAAUCCUGAAAGCUGCCGAGGAAGUGCUGGGAAAAUUAGUACAGGAAUUGGGUGGUUCGAACGGAGCAGGCAAAAGGAAGAUAUCAAAUGGAUCGAGUGGCCCAGGAAAGAAGUUGAGGGCCAAAUGA